CCCCAGCUGACAGCCGAGUCCCACUUCAUGAAAGACCUGGGUUUGGACAGUUUGGACCAAGUGGAAAUCAUCAUGGCUAUGGAAGAUGAGUUUGGAUUUGAAAUUCCUGAUGGAGAUGCAGAGAAGUUAAUGUGUCCGCAAGAGAUUGUAGAUUACAUCGCAGAUAAGAAGGAUGUUUAUGAAUAA